AUGCUUAAGUUGACAUUCAGUAAAGGACCGAAAAACUAUCAAGGAUUUGUUCUGGGGAGAGAAUCGCAUACAUGCGACAUUGUUCUAGACUCACAAACAUCGCCAGACGUCAGUGGAUCCCAUUGUUUUUUGACAUUCAACGAGUAUGACCAACUUAUUCUUCAUGAUACGUCCACCAACGGAACAAUUGUUAGCUACAAUGGGAAAGGUGCAGAGAACCGCAAGAAAUUCUCUUGGAUCGUUGCUGGGCAUCCCGUCCCCGACGAAGAAAUGCACGACAUUGUUAUCCAGCUGGGUAAAGAUCUCUCAUUUCGAAUUGUAUGUGCCAAGCGUACAAAUGAAGAGGAAUACACAGCCAAGAUCCGCCAAUUUCGCAGCGAUUUGGAAAAGUUGGAGGAAUCAGCCCUCGAUAGUCUAAAUCUAGAGAGCAGACUCAUAACUGCCCACUACACCCAGUCGCAUUCCCCCCGGCAAGAGCCUCUCCUCCUGGCGUUAUCAGAACUCGGCAGGGGCGCCUUUGGUGUUGUCACUUGUCUCUGGGAUGUGAGUUGCGGCGUUACCUAUGCACAAAAGACGCCCUUAGCGGCCCAAACGAAGCACAUGGCCCAAAGCGAACACGAUCAGCUUAUAGAGGAAUGGGGGAACGAAAUUGACCUGCUGAAAAGCGUUUCACAUGUAGAUUUUGGCCUUGCAAAAGAGGGUUCCCUGCGGACAAAAUGUGGCACACAGCGUUACUUCCCCCCUGAGAUCGCUGAACGCUCACGCUAUUGGAAAUACCGAGAACUGUAUACACACGCAGUUGAUAUUUGGUCGCUUGGGGUUGUCAUUCUAGAAUUGACUCACGGCCUUCCUUCUGGCGGAGCCCGAGACCCCGACUGGGGUAAUAAAAUCAUCGACAAAGUCAACUCAUCGCCAGAUGCGAUAGCUGAAUUCUUGUCUACCGCCAUGAUAGUCAAGGAUCCAGCGAAACGGUAUUCAGCAAGUCGAUGUCUUGAUGAAGCAAAACAGCUACUUGCUCCCUCCCGAACUGGUCACCAAACCCCGACCGCCACUUCUUAUGCCGCUGGAAGCAAAACAACAGCAAUUUUCCGUGAUGUCGGGAAGCAGCUUACAACACCACAUAGCCCUGCAUCUCCGAUACGUAAAAAGCAUUCUCGGGUGCUGAGAUCGUCGUUGACAUCACCGACAAGCACUAUAACGCCCCACAAACGUCACCCAGCAACCCUUCAUGCUCGUCCGUACGAAGAACAGCUCCGAGUGCAGGAUCCAGCUUGUGUUGUAUCUUCCCCCGCCCAAUUGGGCCGACAAGAUCCAUCUGACUGGGAUAUACCUCCCCACCCUAGUCUCCCCCAGAGCAUCCUUCAGAAUGAAUAUGGGUCGCAAAAUAAUCCGGAAGCGUACCAGCAGGCAAACGAGCCGUAUUAUCCGACGAGGCCAUUGCAACCCUUCUUGAACAACGCCACGACUAGCCCUUCUCCACCUUAUGUCCCCGCAAGCAUUCAUCACUAUGGAUUUGGACCACAGGAUGAUUUCGAAUGGUAUCAGCAGACGACUGGGCAACAACAAUCAGCAGGAUACUCGCAAACAAUCAGCAGGAUACUCGCAAACCUCAAGCAACGCCAUGACUGA